CGUUGGGGAAACCACGUAAAUCUCGUCUUGUGUUCUUGUUCUUCCGCUCUUGAUUAUAUUUGACAUGGUAUCACAACCUCUCCAAUUCAUCUAGUCAAAUUUUCUGGGGUUCGUGUGCUGCUUCUUGGGAUUUCGCAGCUUGUUCUUGGUUUUCGUUCGUGGGUGCUGCAGUAGGUGUCUUUGUAGCUUAUUCUAUUUUGCUUGGACUUCCCGCCGUGUUCCAGGUUCAGCCCUUGUUCUUGUUGCUGUGCGCUACUCUAGCUCCCUUUUGUUUAUCUUUGGUCAUGGAUUCAAUUAAGAUUGAAGCUGUCUCUGUUAAGCUGAACAGAAAGAACUUCCCCCUUUCGGAGUUCCAAUUUCUCCUGUUUGUUCAAGGGAAGUGAUUGCUCCCUGUCCUGGAUGGUUCAGCCAAGGCUUCCUCCGCAGAUGCUGAUCCGAAACAGCUUGAGGCUUGGGCUAUGAGCAAUGCUCAGGUCGCCAGCAUGCUAUUAUCUUCCAUUGAGCCCUCGAUCGGUCUGGGAUUGAGGGGCUUUUCCACUGCCCAUGCCAUGUGGCAGCAUCUGGUCAAUCUCCACACUCAUGUCAGCACUUCUCGUAAGUUCGACAUUGACCUUGAUCUUGCUCGUUUACAGCAAGGUGAGCUUGAUAUCAAAUCCUAUUAUCGAGCUGCCCUCCAAUUAUGGACUGAACAUGAUCUGAUCAGUCAGUCCAUCCUUUCCGGCGAGGCCACUACUAAAGUUAUGAAGGAGCGUGCUAGUUCCCUUCUUAUGACGUUUCUCAUGAAGCUCAAUCCGAGCUUUGAAUCGGUUCGUGCUUCUUUGCUGCCAUCUCCCAUCUCCAAUUCCUCCACUCGAUGGACACAGAAGAAAAGGGGAAAAAAACAGUACCUUGUAGCUCUCUCUGUGCCUCUUCGAUGGCCUUGUAAUUAGGGACUUUGCUUGGAAAAAUUAGGGAUUGGGCUCCAGCGACGAAUCCACCGCGCAGCUUUCCCCCUCCACUCACAGUAGGGGUCCUUCGGUUGGACGAUGGUGGGAGCGUCGGGGAGGAGGAAAUCCCGAUUGAAUAGGAGGCGACGCAGCAACAGAUCUACAAGGCGCCAGAUUACCCAUCGUUCGAAGCAAACCCAGAUAUAAAAGUCGCUGAGUGAUGCACUUGGUCCUUCUCCUAUUCGAUGACCGGUGCUUAUCCAUCAAGACCUGCUCGUCAGAAGGAGAAUCGCCUAGACAAAGGGUGGAAAAGGCUAUGUGCUAUGUUUUUAAUUUUUAUAGAAAUUGAGCCGGGAUCAGCAAUCUUCUUCCUCUCGCCGUCAGCAACAGAUCCGGCACCACUGGCUCUCUAUCUCACUCGUCACUCUGUUUCUUUGUUUCUUAUGGUUAUCACCGGCGGGCGGCGACUAUCUCUAAUUGCUUUUGUUGACUUUGUAAUUUGCAUGAUGAGUAAGGAGGAGGCGAAUCAAGCGGGCUCUAAGGAGUAAAGAGGAGAGGAAGAAGACGAGCUAAUAAGAGUGCAGGACCCUGACGAAGAGCUGGUUUUCAUAGCGCUGAUUUUGGCCUUGGCGGUGGCGGUGGAGGCUUGUAGCUUUUUCACUUCCCGGCGUCGGAGCAAUGGGGGAUGGGGCCAAAAGGAACAUGUGAUUUGGAGUUUGGUCCACAUCAGCAGUGGAGGAUGAGGGAAUCAGUUCUUGGGCAAAAAUGAGGGUUUAGUUUUUUUUUUCUUUCUUAAAUUGACCUGUAACAGUCCGGUCAGCAGUUUUGUUUGUCAUGUCAUUAAAAAACUGACGGAGUUAACGGAAUUUGACGGAGACUGACGGCCAGUGACUAAUGGUGAAACGAUUUGUAAAGUUAGUGGCCAAUAAGAAAGAAAAGUAAUUCGAGUGGCAAACAUGAAAAAUUAAUGUAAUUUGAGUGACCAAACAUGUAAUUUACCCGGAAAAAAAGUGUAUUAUGUUAUUACAACAACUCAUUCUAUUUUAUAGUCAUAGGCCAAUUACAAUGAUCCUCCAACUAAAUAUUUUUGACACACAACUCACAAGUCCUAAUCAUUACAAAAGGCUUCAAUUACGAACUCAACAUGGGAGAAGAUGGAAGAAAUGGCCAAAUGGGAACUGGGUAGAAUAAUAGAGAUAGUCGUUGGCUGGUAGGGGAAAAGUAGGGGAGAUGAGCGUUGGGGCAGUUGGAUUCUCGAUUUGUCUACUAAGAACAAAGACGAUGGAUGGGAUUAGGUGCUAACCCCUGUAAGGGUUAGCACCGUGAUAACUAGCAAAAAACGCUACUAAAAAUAACGAAAUCACUACGGAUUAUUAUAAAAUCAAUACAUCUAAGCUAAAUCACUACUAAUUCAAACUAGUAGUAGUUUUUCCCUUGGUUAGGACGGUGCUAACUAUUGUACAAUUAGCACCGUAACUCCUCCCUGGUUAAGCAUGUAAUCACUUCUUUUUAUUAUUAUGAGUACAUGCAAUCAAUUCAGGACCAUUACAGAGGGAGGAACGAGGGUGGAUGUGAGGAGGUUGUUCCAGAGGGAGGAAGAGAUGCGACUUUGAGGGGGAUUUGGAUCUUAGAAAGAAGGAUGAGGACGACGUUGCUUCUGGCUCGGAGAGGAAGAAGAGAUGAUGCAGAGAGAAGAAGACUAGAAGAUGCAGCACCCAUCAAAUAUCUCCCUUCUAUCUGACGAUAUAUCUCCAAAAAUCCUACUGUCUCCAUCAAAAGGGAAAACCCCAUCGAGUAACUGAGGAUAAUUUGAGGAAACUACCAAGCAGGAACAAACUCAAUCAGUUGAUAAUGACAGUGGAAACCAGAAUCCACCAUGAAUAUAAGAUGCAAGCAUAG